CCUUUUGCCGACAUUGUCAGAUCACGUGACUCACUGGUUCCCCCUUUCUGGUGUAGGAUCGCAUGGUGUGCUACGCUACUGCGAUAUGAAGUUAAAUGUGUCUAACCCCGCUACGGGGUGCCAGAAGCUCUUCGAAAUUGAAGAUGAGAAGAAGCUACGUGUUUUUUAUGAGAAGCGCAUGGGACAAGAGGUGGGUGCUGAUACCCUUGGAGAUGAAUGGAAGGGGUAUGUUGUGCGCAUCACAGGAGGAAAUGACAAGCAGGGCUUUCCCAUGAAACAGGGUGUCCUUACAAAUAAUCGUGUUCGUCUCCUCCUCUCCAAGGGACACUCUUGCUACAGGCCACGUAAAGAUGGUGAACGUAGGAGGAAGUCUGUCCGUGGUUGCAUUGUUGAUUCUGGUCUGUCUGUACUUGCCCUCAUGAUAGUCAGGAGGGGUGAGGGGGAAAUCCCAGGACUAACAGACAACAGCAUUCCACGCCGCUUAGGACCUAAGAGAGCAUCUAAGAUCAGAAAACUCUUCAACCUUUCAAAAGAGGAUGAUGUCAGGCAGUACGUCAUUAAACGCCCUCUUGCUGGCAAGGAAGGAAAGAAACCCAAGACAAAGGCGCCCAAGAUUCAGCGUCUUGUAACCCCCGCUGUUUUGCAGCGCAAGAGGCAUAAGAAGGCCCUCAAGCGCCAACGCGCUGUCAAGAACAAGGAGGAGAAAGCAGAAUAUGCCAAGCUGCUUGCCAUGAGGCAGAAGGAAGCUAGGGAGAAGAAACAGCAGGAGAUUCGCCGCAGACGAUCUUCAAUGAGAGACUCAAAGUCCAGUGAAAAAUCUGAGAAGUCUGAGAAGGGAGCAGCACCAGCAGCAGCACCAGCAGCCGCACCAGCAGCAGCCCCAGCUGCUCCUGCCCCAGCUCCAGCUAAAUAAAUGAUUUGUUCUGC